UAAAUUCUCAAUCUCCCUCCUCUAUCUCUCUAUCUCUCCACCUCUCUCUCCAAUGGCGACACCGACCAAAACUCCGGCCGACAAAUCCCACUCCUCCAAACGACACCGCGAUCACCAAUCAGCAACCGACACGUCCUCCUCCUCAUUCUCGAAUCGAUUAGCCAAUGAAUUCGAAAAGCGCUUCGAAGCCUAUAAUCGCCUCCAGGCCGCCGCUGUGGCGUUCGGAGAGAAGCUCCCGAUCCCCGAGAUUGUCGCGAUAGGCGGUCAGUCUGAUGGAAAGAGCUCGCUGCUUGAAGCACUCCUAGGGUUUCGAUUCAAUGUUCGAGAAGUUGAAAUGGGGACUCGAAGGCCUUUGAUUCUUCAAAUGAUUCAUGAUUCAACCGCACUCGAGCCGCGCUGUCGGUUUCAAGAUGAUGAUUCUGAAGAAUAUGGAAGCCCCAUUGUUUUAGCAUCAACUAUUGCAGAUACCAUUAAGUCACGUACGGAGGCACUUUUAAAGAAGACGAAAGCUGCUGUCUCUUCUAAACCAAUUGUAAUGAGAGCUGAAUAUGCCCAUUGUCCUAAUCUCACAAUCAUUGAUACCCCAGGAUUUGUUCUUAAGGCAAAGAAGGGUGAACCAGAGAGAACUCCUGAGGAAAUCCUCUCAAUGGUGAAAACACUGGCCAGCCCUCCCCACCGCAUUCUUUUGUUUCUUCAGCAGAGUAGUGUUGAGUGGUGUUCGUCUUUGUGGCUGGACACUAUCCGCGAAAUUGAUCCAACAUUCAAGAGAACGAUAAUUGUGGUGUCUAAAUUUGAUAACAGGCUCAAGGAGUUUACAGAUCGGUGGGAAGUGGACCGAUAUUUGAGUGCAAGCGGUUAUCUUGGAGAGAACUGCCGACCAUAUUUUGUGGCAUUGCCCAAGGAGAAGAGCAUGAUUUCAAACGAGGAAUUCCGCAGGCAAAUAUCGCAUGUAGAUGCAGAAGUGCUGCACCAUCUGCGUGAUGGAGUGAAAGGAGGUUUUGAUGAAGAAAAGUUUAAGAGUCAUAUUGGUUUUGGAUGCCUCCGGGAUUAUUUAGAACUCGAGCUUCAAAAGCGAUACAAAGAAGCUGCACCAGCAACAUUAGCUUUACUCGAACAGCGCUGUGGUGAAGUCACAGAUGAAUUAGCUAGGAUGGACUCUAAAAUACAGGCUACUUCUGAUGUUGCACAUCUUCGGAGAUCAGCAAUGUUGCACGCUGCAGCUAUAUGCAAUCAUGUGGGAGAUUUAAUUGAAGGAGCAGCUGAUCCUUGCCCAGAACAAUGGGGGAAAACUACCGAGGAAGAAAAAUCAGAGAGUGGAAUUGGGAGCUGGCCUGGAGUUACAGCAGAUAUAAAACCUCCUAAUGCCACCCUUCGUCUGUACGGAGGAGCUGCUUUUGAAAGAGUAAUGCAUGAAUUUCGUUGUGCUACAUAUUCGAUUGAGUGCCCUUCAGUAUCAAGGGAGAAGGUUGCUAAUAUAUUACUUGCUCAUGCUGGCCGAGGCGGGGGUAGGGGAAUUACAGAGGCAGCUGCAGAAAUCGCCCGAGCUGCUGCUCGGUCAUGGCUUGCACCACUUCUUGACUCAGCAUGUGAUCGACUUGCAUUCGUUCUGGGAAAUCUAUUUGAUCUUGCUGCAUUGAGAAAUCAACAACGCAACUCAGACAGUAUGAUGUUAUAUGGUAGUAAACUGACAGAUAUGGAUGGUUAUGUGGGAUACCAUGCUGCUUUAAGGCGCACAUAUAAUUGCUUUAUAAAAGAUCUUGCUAAACAGUGCAAACAACUAGUUCGCCACCAUCUUGAUUCAGUUACAAGCCCAUAUUCUCUGGUCUGUUACGAGAAUGACCUCUUGGGUAGUUUCGGUCCAAGCACAAACUCCACAUACAGGUAUAACCAUGCAUUAGCUGGUUCAUUUGGUCUUGAGCUAUCGGAGAGGGCGGUGGUGGUGCAUAAUGAUUCAAUGAAAGACCAAGAAAAUAUUCCUCCAGAAAACAAUGCACAGGAGACCACACCAGGAAAAGUUGCUGAUGGCAGAGAAGCUAGACGUGAAAGCUUAAUGACUGUACCAGAGACCCCAUCCCCUGAUCAGCCAACUGAUGUAAAUUUUGCAAUAAAGAAAGAACUUGGACACUGCCAUGAGAUUGCAGGGAGGAAGCGACACUCUAGAACAAUAGGCACUAAUAGAAAUGUAGACCAGACAAGAGGCAACAAUGGUUGUGGUUUUUUAUUAGGAAAUGGGGAUAAUGGUUCAAGAUCAGGUUCAGCUUAUUCCGAGAUUUGUUCAUUAGCUGCACAACAUUUUGCACGAAUACGUGAAGUUCUGGUCGAGAGAAGUGUGACUUCAACUCUGAAUUCUGGCUUCCUCACUCCGUGCCAGGAGCGGCUUGUGGUAGCAGUUGGAUUGGAUCUGUUUGCUGUGAACGAUGAGAAAUUUAUGGACAUGUUUGUCGCACCAGGAGCUAUUGACAUUCUACAAGAGGAAAAGCAGUCUCUUCAAAAGCGCCAAAAAAUACUUCAUUCCUGCUUAAAUGAAUUCAAAAGCGUGGCAAGAGCACUUUAAAGGAAACUCUUAGUCAGACUCCAGUAUUAUCUUCAUGGCGUGGGUAGGGCCUUCCGACUUCAGGAGCUUAUGUAAAACAUCCAAGAUUGGUGAGCAUCCCAGAUGUAAAAAGGUUAAACCCCCACCUGACUAUGACAGGCAUUUAUCUCUUGUAAGUUCACUUUCAGUUGAUACGUGUAUCAAUGUAUGCCUGAAUAUGAUUAUCAAUUGCUAUUGACCCACAUGAUGUUAUAAGAGGAAGAUGGCGUGCUGUUUCCACUGUAUAUAAAUUUUCAGUUAAUAAUUUUUCAUAUUUUUGCCAAACAAUUAAAGAAUUAAAGAAUGAUAGAAUACACAAAGUAAAGAUAGAAUGCAUAUAGAUAGCAUAACCCCCAACAUGCUUGAUUUUGAUGCCUGCAUUUCUGUUACAUUCAGUUCAGAUAUCAAUAACCAUCAAAUACAAAAUACAGAAUCCCCGACCCUUCAUUUUCAUUUUGUUUGCAUCAACAAUACAUAAUUUUAUCAUAAUUUAUAUGGAUGGACUCUUUAUACAUAAUUUUAUCGUAAGGGAUGCAUGAAUGCCAAAAUGCCUUUAAUCAUGAUGAUUAUAUGUAAUCUGGUUGUUGUGAUCAACGCCUGGCGCAGCGGGUUGCAGUAGUGCAGCCACGCAAAUAAGGGUUAGCCCGGCCAGUAGCUCCGCAGUUAUAGUAGGAAUUGCCUCUGUUGCUGCAAGGAAUUCGGUUAGCAAUAAGUGCAGAAUAGCUGAUGUGUGUACUUGCAGCAAGGUUCCUCCGUGCAGAUUCAGAUUCCAUCAUCAUUUCUUCCAUCGAAUCGAUAUAGUCCCCAACAUGUCCGACGAGAUGCCCAGCUUCACCAUCGCUGCUGUUGCCAGCAACAUUCAACUGGAAUUCGCGGAGCGCUGGGGAAUUUGAUUCAGCCAGCAUGGCGAGUGCCAGGAGGGCGAUGAAGAAACCUAGACGGAACCCGGCCAUUAUGAAACACGGAACUCCGACUAGGAGAGAGUGGCCUGGGGAGUAUUGAUGAAAUGGAACUUUUGGU